AUGGUCAAAGCCGUCGCCGUCCUCCGUGGAGACUCCAACAUCAAGGGUACCGUCACCUUUGAGCAGGCCGACGAGUCUUCCAACACCACCAUCUCAUGGAACAUCACCGGCCACGACGCCAACGCUGAGCGUGGCAUGCACGUCCACGCCUUUGGCGACAACACAAACGGUUGCACAUCCGCCGGUCCCCACUUCAACCCCCACAACAAGACACACGGUGCCCCCGAGGACGAGGAGCGCCACGUCGGUGACUUGGGCAACUUCAAGACUGAUGGUCAGGGUAAUGCGCAGGGAAGUGUCACAGACAAGUUGAUCAAGUUGAUCGGCUCCGAGAGCGUCAUUGGCCGUACCAUUGUCGUCCACGCUGGAACCGACGACCUCGGCAAGGGCGGACACGAGGAGUCGAAGAAGACUGGUAACGCUGGCGCUCGUCCCGCUUGCGGUGUUAUUGGCAUCUCCAACUAG